AAAGCUGCGAGUCGCUCCGUCUCUUUCCACCUUCAGCCAUUUUAAGCAUGUUAGGAGCUGUGGGACGCUGCUGCACCGGGGCCCUGCAGGCUCUCAGGCCUGGGGUCCAGCCUCUCAAGGCUCUUACUGGAUCCCCAGCUGUACUUUCACGUCGGGACUAUGCGGCCCCCGCCGCCGCGGCCAGCGCCGCCACGGGCCGCAUCGUGGCCGUGAUCGGGGCCGUGGUGGACGUCCAGUUCGACGAGGGCCUGCCCCCCAUCCUGAACGCCCUGGAGGUGACCGGCCGGGACACCCGGCUGGUCCUGGAGGUGGCCCAGCAUCUGGGUGAGAACACGGUCAGAACCAUCGCUAUGGACGGUACUGAGGGGCUGGUCCGUGGACAGAAGGUUCUGGACUCAGGUGCCCCUAUUAGAAUCCCUGUGGGUCCCGAGACCCUGGGCCGGAUUAUGAAUGUGAUCGGUGAGCCCAUCGAUGAGCGGGGCCCCAUCACCACCAAACAGACUUCACCGAUCCACGCCGAGGCCCCCGAGUUCACGGACAUGAGCGUGGAGCAGGAGAUCCUGGUGACAGGCAUCAAGGUGGUGGACCUGCUGGCCCCCUACGCCAAGGGAGGAAAGAUUGGGCUGUUCGGUGGCGCCGGUGUGGGGAAGACCGUCCUGAUCAUGGAGCUGAUCAACAACGUGGCCAAGGCCCACGGAGGGUACUCUGUGUUCGCCGGGGUGGGGGAGCGAACCCGCGAGGGUAACGACCUGUACCACGAGAUGAUCGAGUCUGGGGUCAUCAACCUGAAGGACACCACCUCCAAGGUGGCGUUGGUGUACGGGCAGAUGAACGAGCCUCCCGGCGCCCGCGCCCGGGUGGCUCUGACCGGACUGACCGUGGCCGAGUACUUCCGGGACCAGGAGGGUCAGGACGUGCUGCUCUUCAUCGACAACAUCUUCCGCUUCACGCAGGCGGGCUCUGAGGUGUCUGCCUUGCUGGGCCGUAUCCCCUCGGCUGUGGGCUACCAGCCCACCCUGGCCACCGACAUGGGCACCAUGCAGGAGAGGAUCACCACCACCAAGAAGGGCUCCAUCACGUCCGUGCAGGCCAUCUACGUGCCUGCUGACGAUCUGACCGACCCCGCCCCAGCCACCACCUUCGCCCACUUGGACGCCACCACCGUGCUGUCCCGUGCCAUCGCCGAGCUGGGGAUCUACCCAGCGGUCGACCCGCUGGACUCCACCUCCCGGAUCAUGGACCCCAACAUCGUGGGGGCGGAGCAUUACGACAUCGCUCGCGGCGUGCAGAAGAUCCUGCAGGACUACAAGUCCCUUCAGGACAUCAUCGCCAUCCUGGGAAUGGACGAGUUGUCCGAGGAGGACAAGCUGACGGUGGCCCGCGCCCGCAAGAUCCAGCGCUUCCUGUCACAGCCCUUCCAGGUGGCCGAGGUGUUCACGGGUCACCUGGGCAAGCUGGUGCCCCUCAAAGAGACCAUCAAAGGCUUCAAGGCCAUCCUCGGUGGGGAGUACGACGCUCUGCCCGAGCAGGCCUUCUACAUGGUGGGCCCCAUCGAGGAGGUGGUCCAGAAGGCUGAGAAGCUGGCUGAGGAGCACUCGUAAACGUCUGAGCGGGGGAGGGGGUCCUGUGGUUUGUAAACAUGUCAAAUUCCAAAUGUUGCCGUCUGUCGUCCUGAAGAAAGUUCUAUUUAAUGUUUCCAACAAAGAUGGAAUAAAUCACUGUCUUUACACAAA